AUGGCCGACGAAGAGUCGCAAUCCAGAAAGCGACGAAAGAUUCGAAAAGGGACGACCAGCUGUUGGGAAUGCAAGCGUCGCAAGGUCCGGUGCAGCCUCGUCGACACGCCCAAUGCCGUCUGUACGGCGUGUCAGCGCCGAGGAACAAAAUGCAUCACCCAGGAUGUCGCAGACGAACUGAAUAAUGGGACGCCGAAUACGGUCGAAGAUGCUGGUAGUCCUGGACCCGCGCGUAUACGUACUCGCAUUGUACCUGACACCCCUACUUCGCCUCUUGUCGGGCGUACCCGGGAUGCUCCAGCUUCCGCCGAGCAGACGCCAUCUGUACCAGUGCCGAACCAGACAACUACAGGGACUUCCCAACAGUUAUACGCCAGUUUUCCAUCUAAUGAAGAUGUAGAAAUUAUAUCCGAAGUGGCCGCGCACAUUCCGAUCUCAUUUUAUACAUUCAUCACCAGAUCAUAUCCGAACAUCGAGAAUGGAGUGGAUGAGCCCAACGCAAUGCUGGAUAGGCCAUCUGCUGAGACCCACCCAGUUUUACUGGGACGAUAUAUACUUCGGAUAGUAAUGAUCCUCCAGUGCCUUGAUCUAAAGAAAUACGGGAAGCAGCUGUCGAAGCUGUCAGAUGCGCCGCAGUUAAUGAUGAAGCGACUAGCAGAAACAGCCAUCCGGCUAGUCACUACCCACGACGAACUUCUUGGAACGGUCGAAGGUAUCGAAUGCGUGAUGAUGGAGGGCAGUUAUCAGGCAAACUGUGGAAAUUUCCGUCCUGCCUGGAUGGCUGUUCGAAAGGCGAUGACCUUGGCCCAGGCUAUGGGGAUUCAUCGUCCUGGGCCUUGUCCAGUGCGCCCCCUUGAUACUCGCCAGAGGGUUGAUCCAGCCUUUUUAUGGUACCGCAUUCUGUAUGUUGAUCGAUUUAUGUGUCUGAUGAUGGGUCUGCCCCAGGGCUCUAUGGAUCGAAGGAUAUCUAACAAAGGGGUUUUGGCCCUUGAUACCCCGAUGGGUCGACUGGAACGAGCCCACUGCGUCAUUGCGUCUCGGAUUCUAGAGCUGAACGAAGUAUAUUCAGAAUCAUACCCCAUCGACAAGGUUCAAGACAUCGAUCGUGACCUUCAGAAUGCAGCAGACAUAAUGCCUACCGGAUGGUGGAUAGUUCGUAAUAUGGCCAGCGACCAAAGCAACAACACCACUAAAGAAAGCACAGAAUGGAACAUAAUCCGGCUGGUAAACCAGAUCUUCCACUAUGGAUUGAUAGUCCAGCUCCACAGCCGCUAUACGCUGCGAGUUAUCAACACCGACGCGGAGCAACUCCACAACUACUCCCAAACAGCCUGCGUGAAUGCCUCGCGCGAGAUCCUGACGCGGUAUAUCACCCUGCGCAAUUCCAAUUUGGUGACGUAUACAUGCCGCGUUGUUGAUUUCUUCACCAUCUCCGCGACCUUCCUCCUACUCAUCACGCAUCUCCGACAACACGCACGGACUCCAGAUACAUUAAAUCAUCUAGGUCAUCAACGCCCAAGUGACAGAGCCAUGGCUUCCCAGGCUAUAGAUAAUCUACAAAAAAUUGGCUGGGUAAGCCAGGACCGAAUAAUCGCCCAUUCCGCUACUUUGUUGAACCGCCUACUCGACGUAGAGGCCGAAGCGGCAAAGGGUCGGCUUUAUAACACGCAUAGCAUCCACACGCCCGAAGAGGUUGCGCAGGAGACGGAGAAUGGACCCCCGCCAGCGAGUAAGGGCCUUCGCUUUUGUGUCCCGAAUUUUGGUUUCGUGAGGGUUGUGCCGGACGGGCAUAUCCAGAAGGAGGUCCCUCAUGGAGGGGGUAUGAAUCAACCUGGCGCAGGGACUGGGACCCUGCGUACACCUGACUCAGGGGAAAUAGGAACGGAAUGGAAUAGAACAGCUGUCGGACAGGAUUUACUCCCUCAGGGACACCAAGAACCUGCGAGGGAACAAGCAUGGUAUGCAUAUCCUGGGCUAGGGGCCGAUGACUGGACGUUACAGGGACUGGAUAUGACGUUUUUCGAUGGUCUGUUUCAAGGACAACUUAUGCCCGCUGAUGGGAAUAUUCAGCCAUUAUAA